AUGGCCAACAUCAAUCCAAAGGCCAUACAGGCCCAUCUCGCCCAAUACAAGGGCGACAAAUACGUCGACGGCUGGGCUUCCCUCUGGGACAAGGGCGAUAAUCUGCCCUGGGACCGGGGAUUCCCCAAUCCCGCCCUGGAAGACACACUUGUCAAGCAGCGCCCGACAAUUGGUGCGCCUAUCGCAACCGACGCACAGGGCCAGUCGUACAGGCGCAAGGCUCUAGUUCCUGGUUGCGGGCGAGGUGUGGAUGUCCUCUUGCUGGCAAGCUUUGGCUACGAUGCCUAUGGUCUCGAGUAUAGCGCGGCUGCGGUCGAGGCUUGCAAGAAGGAGGAGAACGAUAAUGCCAAUUGGUAUCGUGUCCGGGAUGAGACUGCCGGCGCGGGAAAGGUUACUUGGAUUCAGGGCGACUUUUUCGACGAUGCUUGGUUGCAGAAGAUUGGUGUCCCAUUGAAUGGAUUUGAUAUUAUUUAUGAUUACACGUUCUUCUGUGCUCUGGAUCCGUCAAUGCGACCCAAAUGGGCGCUCCGACAGACCCAGCUUCUGGCCCCUUCGCCAACAGGCAACUUGAUCUGCCUCGAGUUCCCCCGCCACAAGGAUCCCCAAGCCCCAGGGCCCCCAUUUGCUUCCCCAUCGGAAGCGUACGUGGCCCACUUGAGCCACCCCGGCGAGGAGGUCCCCUACGACGCCAAGGGCGUCGUCAAGCACGAACCUCUGCGGGCACCAAGCAAAGCCGGCUUGGAAAGAGUGGCGUAUUGGACGCCAGAGCGCACGCACGAGGUAGGCCAGGGCGAGAACGGGGUGAUCCACGACCGAGUCUCGAUCUGGCGUCGUCGUAACUAG